CUAUUUACGCUCUAAAAGCUCGCAGCUCUUUCAGAAGAAGAGAUCGAAGUCAGAGAGGUCGGCGGCGGCGGCGGCGGCGGCGGCGGCGAUAGAGGAAGAAGAGGCGGAAGAGAUUGAGCCAGCAGCCGGAGUUAGACGAGUCAUCGAUCGGUCAGAGGCGGCGAUAUAAAUAUAGAUGGCGAUGGCGAUGGCGGUGGCGGUGGCGAUGCGAAAGGGCCCUUGGACGGAGCAAGAAGACCAACAACUGGUAUGCUUUGUGGGGUUAUUCGGUGACCGUCGUUGGGAUUUCAUAGCCCAAGUCUCAGGUCUCAACAGGACCGGAAAGAGCUGUCGCCUGCGAUGGGUCAACUACCUCCACCCCGGCCUCAAGCGCGGCCGCAUCACGCCCCAGGAGGAGCGCCUCAUCGUCGAACUCCACUCCCGAUGGGGCAACAGGUGGUCUCGGAUCGCGCGCAAGCUCCCCGGCCGCACGGAUAACGAAAUCAAGAACUAUUGGAGAACGCACACGAGGAAGAAAGCCCAAGAGCGGAAAAAGAAGGCGGCGAUUUCUCUGUCUUCCUCAACAUCCUCCUCCUCCUCCUCGUCGUCGUCAUCCGGAAUCACCGCCGAUCAUCCUCCGGUAGCGGCGGCUCAGACUUAUGAUGAGAUCGUUCGUGAGCCGAUGAACGGGAGUACCAGCGUCGUCGCUGAUUGCGACAACAUUGUCGCGACGAUUGAUGACGAAGCUUUCGAGUAUUGCGACUUGGCGGAUCAAAUUUGGGGCGACGACACUUUGUCGUCCGCCACGAUCGCCGGACUGGGACUGGAGGACUACUCGCCGACGACGUGGGACUCCUACUGUUUGUGUCCUCUGUGGUAGAUGGACGAUGAAGGUUUGCACUUCUGAGUUAAGGAGGGAAGAAGAACACGCCAUCGAAGGUCCAGGUUUCUGCUGUAACAGCUCGAAUUCAUGCAUGCUUAAUAUGGAUCCAUCCCUGUAAAUUAAAUCUCUGUGUAAUACAGAUUACAUGGUUGUGAGGCUUU